UUCCAAGUUAAAUAGUAAUAAGUUAUUGCUGUUUUAAAGAAUUCAGUAACAAAUUUUUAUAAUAUGCGCAAUUUGAUAUUCAUUGUUGUUGGACUUUGGCUUGUUCAUUUAUGUUGUGUUCAGGCAGAACUAAAUAUUGUACUCCUAGAUAUAGAUGCACCUGUUCAAAAUCCGGAAUAUAUUACUGAUUUUGAAGGAUACAUGUCUGAUGAUGAAGACCCACAAGUUAUUUGUAAUUUUACGAUUAUAAAAGAAUUGCCACAAGGAUGUAAGGGGCAUUUAAUUUUGAAAGGAGCAUCAAUGGGAGAGUUUGUUAUUUCUACAGGUAUAGAUUACGAGAUGGACUUUUGCGAAAUGUUUGAUGAACCAAUUAUAAUGGGUCGACUUCUUAGAAUGCUUGGAUUUAAGAAAGAAAAUUGUCCCCCUAUACCGGGAGUCUAUGGAAGUGAAGGUUUUCAAUUGGAUACAGACACUCUGCCAGAUGAAUUUCCCUCAAAUAAUUACCUUGCGAUAUUCGAAAUUGUUGACGAAAACGAUGAAGAACUUAUGGUGAUGCACUUGUACCUUCGAAUAUAUUAAAAUUUAAUUCAAUGAUGCUCUUUAUAUGUUUUCCUGAAAUAAAUUAUAUUAUGUAUUGAUAAGAAUUCAGUUAAUAUAUUUCGACAAGUGGUAUCGUGA